AUGCCAACUUGCCUUCUCAUCUUGUUGAUAUUUUUGCAGCCCUUCCUAGGCCUGUGUCAAUCGAAGGGGCCUACCACCCACACAUACGCUUCCGUAGCCCACUCAGAGGCUGAGGUCAACGCCGGCGCAGACGCAGGCAGCGCCAGCAAGGAUUCUUCUGUGGGCUCUCUUGAACAAGCGGGAGCAGGCGCUCAUCUGUGGGAGGCUACAUGUGGCUCGUACAAAUCUAUAACGCUGCGUUUCCCUGAGUUGCAUGCAUCGGCCACCUACGACCUGAGGCAGGUCGUGCAGGGGGCUCCGCCGACGGGAUGGGCCUGCAAAGCUUCGGAGCCUCUCUUUGAACUCGAGGAGUAUCCUCCGUUUUUCAGAACCGUGCUUUCAUUGAUGGUUGGACCUACAAAAGAUACAACCGAGAAGACAAAGAGCAAUAAGUUGCACAAGCACAAAAACAAACACGUCUUUUUUGCAUUCAAUCCGUGCAGACUGUUGCCACAUAGUUGCCACGGCUCCCGUGGCCGUCUUUUCAAAUUUGCAGCAAAACUGAAAAAGCCGCAUGACCCACAAGAGGAAAUGGAACGUCUGCUAGCGGAGUUUUUGAAGGUGUCAUCCCCUUCGUCCUCAAAGGCUGUCAGGACAGCUGACAAGGCAGAAGAGGAGGCCGAUACAACUGAAUGCCUUCAAAACGUACUCUCUACAAAUACUACUUUGCUGUAUUCUCACCGCCCGGAAAACAUGCAGCAGCACCCUGACAGCAACGGCAUCGGCGGCCUAUGGUCUGAGCCGGAGAUAACCGACGACCCAACAUCGUGGGAGCCCUUGAACCCAAGCGACCCCUUUGAGGGUCUUCAGGCACACAUGCAUCACGUACAUAUCUUCUGUCCUGAGUCUUCUUUGCACACACAUGUCAUUCUGAAGUGUCCUUGGGGUGCUUCGCCGGGGAUCGGAGCUGCAGCAGAGAACGGGAACCCAGCAUCUGCCACCAAGUUCGACCUCUGUGAACACCCAGACCCUUGCAGAUUCAACAUGGUGAUGACCACCCCAGCGGCUUGCCCUACACUCAUAGACUACAGCGGCUCUGCAGCAGCUGCUGCGCCCUCUGUGGCCGCCGCUGCUUUGCCCUCAGGGAAAACGCAGCUUAUGAAUACUAACGCGGAUAUGAAGGAAAAGGCAAAUGCCUUUCCAGCCUCUAAUGACGGACAACCAACAGCGAAGCGGGACAGCAGAUUGCCAACGCCGGCAGCCUCAGGUGCAGCGAAAAACGACUUGUCUUUUAUUUCGAGCGAGCAGCAAAGCUCUAGGGCCUCUGUAGUACCACAUACGUCCCGUGGUGCACAGGCGGAGGUGCGGGGCAACCAAGUGGGGCUGUGGCAGCAACUGCAGCAAUUGCUGCUGCUGUUGUUGCGGGUGAGCCUUUGCCUGUUGAUAUUUGCUUGGAUUAUCUACGUGAUCAGGGAUUGGACAGAGACGAAGAUGCAGUACGCCGACCUCCCAGAAGAAGGGAAAUCAGAGGAGGAUGCGAUGGCAGCUGCGGGAAACCUAAAUUCGUACGACAGCUGCGUGAAGGCUCUCGCGGGGGCCUCAUGCGCCCCAGUUGCAGAAGCAGAUUCGAGAGGGUUUCAGCUAGCAGCCAAGUACAGAGAACCCCCAGCAUCUGUCGGUGCAAGGGGGGAGGAUGUCGCGUUUACAGGCGCCGGCGCGGCGAAGGCGCCCCGGCGCGAGCUACGGGGGCUGUACUCAUCCCCAGGCCGGCGUUUCGUCAGCGUCUGGCUACCGCAGACUGUUGGCUUUGCUGCGCGACAGGCAGUUGCAUUCUCUGAGGGGGCUGUCAGUGCAUGCAGGAAGCUCACCAGGGCGUUCAUGGAGCGCAGAGGAGCAGCAAAAGAGUUUGCACAAAGCGACACUGCAGGCAGUGGCACUCCUUGGGACUGGACAGACACCGUAGAGUUUAACGACACGGACACGUACAAUACCUCAACAGACUCCCCAAGUCGUGACGCCCUACGCGGGCUCAGUGGCUACGAAACCAUUUCAUAG